AUGGAGUAUAGGGAAAAAGGCUAGGAGAAGCAUAAAAAAGUACUAAGGUUUAUAGAAGAGGAGAAGGGGUAGCAAAUGAGAGUAAUCAGAAAUGCAUUUAAACUAGUGAUACUUCCGACUCAAGACAUUCGAGAUAUACCACAAAGCCACCCAAAUUACUACAAUUAUCUCGUUAAGUGGAGGCAGCUAGAAGUUUGGGACAAAAAGGACUCUCAAAAAAAUGAAGAUAAGAAAAUAAUGUACAAGUUAGUCUUUAAGCUGCCUUAUGAAAACACUCUUUUGCAGUCAAGCAACUUUCUUGACCUCCAAAGAGUAAUCAUCGAUAUUGAGAGUUAUGUGAAUUAUAUGGAGUAAAGGACAGAGGACUAUAUCUUGAACUUAAUUUCAAGCUAAUAAUUCACUGAGGAGAAUUAUAAUGAGAUUGUCUAAUCUGACAUCAAGUCUCAAAAGCUAAAGACACUCCUGACUAACCUAGCGAGAUUCGCCUUGUAAAAUGUCAUAAACCUUCCAGACUACAAGGACAAAGUACAGGAGAAGUCAUUUGAAGUGAAUGAUCUAAUGAAAAUAGGCAAGUUCAAGAAGGAACUCUUAUUUCACAUAUACAAUCAGCUGAUUAGAGCUAAGUACGAGCACUAUGUAGUAGUGUUGGGGACCGAAUACAUGUUGCAAGUCAAGUAUAGCAAGGGAUCAAUGGUCAAAUUUGACAUACUAGGUGUUAUUGUAUUGCUAUAUGAGGUGCCUUACAUAUCGGUGCCCACAAUUAGAGAUAAUGAAUAAGUGUUUGAAAAGGAAUUUGAAAAGUUAGACAAGAGCAAGAUAGAUGAGAUUAUUAUCACAGUGAAAUAGCAUUAGGUGAAUGACUCAUAAUUUGAUGGCGCGAAGUAGAUGAUAGAGCAGGGUUUGAAAGAGUCCCUUCUCUGGUACUAGAACACGAUUAAUAAGCCAAAGCAGAUAGUUCAGGAUAAGGAUAACAAAGAUUAAAAGCCUAGAGGAGAUCCAAGGCUGGAUAACUUAGCAGGAGUAUUGCUCUCAAGGUUUAUUAAUAAGCAAAGUAGUUAUCACUGGCAUAUAUUGUUCAGUAAGAUCUAGGAAAUCAACUCAAAGUCAGGCCGCAUUAUUACCAAUCAUGAAAUCGCAAUAAAAAGAGGAGAAUAAUUAUUAAAGGCAUCGACAGCCCUUAAAUUAGGAGUAUUCAUGAGACUGAAGGCUCAAUUCAAGGUAGGCUAGAGGACCAAAGAGGUAGAGGUAAUAGUAUUUAAUUAGAAAUCAAAUCCAUAAACCUCUGUCUAAUCUUUAUUCCUUUCUGGAGUUAAGGACUUUAGUUUCAAGAAAAUAUUUACAGCAAAUGGAAUGGCAGUAAUGGCCUUUUUGUGUCUGCUUAUAGUAUUCUUUAUGCAUAAAAGUUUAUGUGCACCGACCAAGGAAGAAGUCUAUGCAGCUAUUAGUGGAGAAAAAUUAGCACCUUUAAGUUCAUCUACUCAUGCCCUUGAUCCAGAUGAUGUCAUUCAAGAUCCAAGAGAAUUAAUAGAGGGUAGUGAUCAAGAAGGUUUAAUUGCCUUGUUGUGCAACAAGAGAAAUGACAUGAUUAUGAACCUAGGUGUGAUUUUCCUAUUAUUAACUGUGACCAGGUAAUUUGUUAUAAGAUACAAUGCAAAAGCUGAUAGAGUCAGAUGA